AUGCGGCGGAGAAGUAUCACAGCGUCGCCGAACGUGCAAGCGCAACACGGCGCGAUUCCAGACGGCGCGGUGCCCGAGACGCGCAGGUCGUUCGGACGAAUGGUGUGGCCUACAGAGGAUUACGAUUUCUUUGGAGAGCGGUGCGCGUCCCCGGCGUUUGUGGCAGCUUUCAUCCUGAUGUCCUUCCAGGCGGUCGUGACGACCGUCCCGCAGGCUCAUUCGAAUGGCGCGGACUUGACGCCGGCCUUGGCGGUGGUCCCGCUCUCGUUGGGCUUCGUCGCCAGAUGGGCGGGGGCCGCAGCACGCUGCCCGCAGUUGCGCGCCUGGCUAGCGCAGGGCUCGAGGCGGACCGUGAGGCAGAGAGCGGCGGCGUCAUCAGCGGCGAAGGGCGAGGCCUCCUUGAGCCUCGCCCUGCCCCCGCGCGAGCCCCUCGUCGCGAUGGCCCUGCGGCGCCCCGAGACGGACGAGCCGCUGGGGCUGGGGGUGGAGGCGGGCAGUGACGCGUCUGACGCCUUCACCCUGGUGCUCAUCGAGGAGGCCAUCAGCGGGGCGCGGGUGAACCGCCAGUCGCUGCACCUCCCGCGCACGGCCGCGCGGGCGGGCCCCGCGGGGGGCCACUGGGCCACGCGGGCACUCCUCAAUGUAGUCAAUGACUCGGGCGCGGGCGUGGGCGCUUCCCUCCGGGGGGCGCGAAGUCUCGCCGCGUCGCGAGCGGGGCCCCCAGCGGUGACCGGCCUUUCGGACGUCCGCCCAGUCACGCACGCGGGCGAGCUGGAGUGCCUCUUCGACGCGCGCUGGCUCGCAGUGGUCCGCGACCCACUGGGGCGUUAUACCGGGCAAUGGAAGGCGGGCGGCCGCUUCCGCUUCGACGCGGUCCCAAUGGCGGCGGGGGCCCUCAUGGCGCCACAUGGGCGCCGCGCCGGCAGCCUGGGGGCGCUCGCUGCGCAGGCCGACCUCCGGCGCGGCUGCGUGGCUUCGACUGGGCGGGGAGGCAAGCGGCGCGCAUCCAGUUGCGCGCUGCAGGGCUGCUGGGCCGCUGGUGGCUCGCUGCUGGCGCAUCGCUGCGUGACGAUGUGGGGCCGCUUAGGACCGCUGGUGGCGCCUGCGGUCGCCCUGCUCGAGUUCGGGGCGACGGAGCAGGGCGUCGCGGACGUCUGCGGGGGCCUGACCCAGCACUGCGCGGAGCUGCUCGCGUCGCUCGCGCAGGGGUGGGCCGCGGUCGCGGCCCGCUGCAACGUUGCCAAGCUCACCGACGACCGCGUGGUUUCGCCGGGCGACCUGCUGCCGCUGCGGCAGCCGCGGGCCCUGGAGAUGCGCCCCCGCGACGCGCCAAACGUUUCGUUCGCGGAGAGUUUCGCGUUUCCCGCGGGCUUUCGGCCGGCGCCCUGCCGCCGCGCCGGGGGCGGCCGUGGCGGGCGCGGCGGCGACCCCGGGGAGCGCAGGUGGGCCGGCCGCCGCAGAGUCGGGGUGGCUGACGAGGAGGCCGCGGAAGAGCUCGUCGCGGCCAUCUGCGCCGAUAUCGAGCAGAUCGGGAUCGCGGGCUACGCGCUGCCGCGCCAUCGCAAGGUCGGCGGCGGGCUUCGGGCCCACUUCAAGCUCGCCGUUUUGGCCGCGAAGUCGGCGGCGGAGAGGCUGCGGGAUUUCCGCGGGCCCGCCUCGCCGCCCGUGCUGCCGCAGACCCUGGAGGACACCUACGUGUCUACCAAGACGAGGCGCCCGGUGUCCAACGGUGCUUUCAAGGCGCCCAAUGGCGGACCCGCCGGCCCGGCGCCCGAGGGCCUGCCAGCGGAGCCGGGCGCCGCCUCCGAGGGCCUGCUGGCGGAGGCCACCGCCAGGCUGCGGUCCCGGCAGCUGCUCGAGGUCGACGGCCUGCGCGUGUGUCGGCGCGGGGGGCGCGCCGUGCUGGUGCCGCCGUGGGCCGAACGGGCGGUGGCCGCCGAGGCGACCGCGGCGGACGCGCACGGCCCCAGCGCGGCCGCGGGCGGCAGCAGCGAGCUGCAGGUGGAGGACGGCCGCGGAGCGGCUGCUGGCGCGGCUGCCGGCCGUUGGAUCGUGGGGCAGCGGCGGCUCGCUGUCGCUGGAUCGAAUGGCCCCGAUCGUCCUGGUUGA